AUGCCUGGUCUCGCGCGCAAGGUCCUCAUAUGCGCUGCCGUAGAUGGCCUGAUCAUCCAACCGCUAUCCUCCAAGGGCCAACGCCCUUUCAGGCCUGUACAAAUAAAAUAUGCAGAUGCAUCCAUAUCUUCUGUGUCUAGAGAGCAUGUGCCAGAUAUAUCAGCUUCAGACUCAUUCUUUGAGGCAUUUGGUGUGAUAGGUCUGAUUACGGUGUCGAACCUUAGCUACCUUGUCACAAUCACCAAGAGAAAACAAGUCGCGCACGUUUUUGGCUCCCCUAUUUAUGUCGUGACUGGUGUCGCAGUCACUCCUUGCACCUCGCAACCCGACGCUGCCGCUUCCAUCCGCCGCACAGUCAGAUGGUUAGAUGACCGACCCUCUACUGCAGAUCGAAAUGCGGAUAGUAGUGACGAGGAUGUGGAGCUUCCAUCAGCCUCGGCAGAUGAUAUUGACGAUAGCACAAGUGAUGGAGGUGACAACGACGUGACGUCCUCUCGAAGCAGUAUCGCUGAAGAUGUCAUCCGUCGAAAGGGCGGCUAUGGCAGAUUCGCGCAACGCUGGUUCAGCGCUCGGGGCUGGACCAUGGAACAAAGACGAACACUGGGCCUCAGCGAUGCUUCGAAUAACUCCAAAUUACCAGAAACGGAAGGCGGCCCUCGAAAGCUACCAGGAGAUCAGGAUGAUGCUCCACGACCCGCAACCGCUUUACUGCCAAAGCUUCUGCGAGCCAUGUACCUCCUUUUUGGCAAAUCGCGAAGCUUUUACUUUGCUUACGAUAUUGACAUAACACGUCGACUCUCCAACAAACCACCAGCCUCACGAGCCGAUGUCGCGCUGUACACUCAAGCAGAUGAACUAUUCUUUUGGAACAAGCAUAUGAUGAAUCCAUUUAUUGAGGCCGGCCAAGAUGACCUUGUUCUCCCAUUAAUGCAAGGCUUCGUCGGGCAGAAGACAUUUAUUGCCGAUCGCAGCCCGCCUCAAGUCGAUGAGCCCACCAUGGAGUCUGUUGAGCUGAGCACUCUGACAUCAAAGGAGCCGCCAGCUGCUGAGAUGGCUCCUGCCAGUGCACGAAAUUCCCUCGAGUUGCGGCCUUCGGAGAGCAAAUACCUAUUAACACUCAUAUCGCGGCGAUCGACGAAACGCGCCGGUUUGCGUUACCUGCGCCGUGGCAUUGACGAGAAUGGUUUCACGGCCAACAUGGUCGAGACGGAGCAGAUCCUGUCUCGCCCCAGCUGGGAUUCCUCAUUUCCAAUAUACUCAUUCCUGCAAAUUCGAGGCAGUAUCCCGUUGUUUUGGACCCAAACUGCCUAUGCGCUGAAACCGGUGCCCGUUCUGCAACACUCUCCAGAUGAAAACUUCAAGGCGCUGAAGACGCACUUUGAGAGCCUCGCAAGAAAUUAUGGACUAAUUCAGAUCGUGAAUCUAGUUGAGAAGCAGGGAGUCGAGAAGUCGAUCGGGAGCGCGUUCGAGAAGAAUGUGGAGCGCUUGAACGAGCAAGGUAGCUGCGGUCUUGUGCCAUUCGAGUGGUUUGACUUUCAUCAUGCAUGCCGCGGUAUGAAAUUUGAGAAUGUGAGCGAUCUACUCCUGCUACUCAAGGACAAGCUAGAGAAGAUGGGUAGCAGUGUACAACAAAGCGGCAAUGUCAUAGCUUCUCAAAGUGGUGUAUUCCGCACCAACUGCAUGGACUGCUUGGAUCGAACCAAUGUCUGCCAGAGCUCUUUCGCCAAGCACAUGCUCGAAGUUCAGCUGAAAGCUGAAGGGAUAGACAUGGGUGCGCAGCUUGACCAGGAGACAAUGUGGUUCAACACUCUCUGGGCAGACAAUGGCGAUGCAGUUUCCAAACAGUACGCCUCGACUGCCGCUAUGAAGGGUGAUUAUACUCGGACCCGAAAGCGCAACUACAUGGGUGCUUUAAAUGACGCCGGCCUUUCACUUGCACGCUUCUACUCCGGAAUGGUAAAUGACUACUUUAGCCAAGCUGCCAUUGACUUCCUCUUGGGGAAUGUCACCAGCAAAGUGUUUGACGAAUUCGAAGCCGACAUGAUGACCAAGGACCCUGCAGUCUCUAUCACACGGAUGCGAGGUCGCGCAAUUGAUCUCUGCCAGAAGCGAGUUAUUGCAGAUGCGGAAGAGGAGGUUCAUGGGGGUUGGGUUCUCAUUAGCCCCAGCGCCGCAGAUAUGGUCAAAUCAUUUCCGAUGGAAGAAGUGGUGCUGCUGUUGACGGACGCCGCCCUCUAUUUGUGCCGAUUCGACUGGGAUCUCGACAAAGUAUCGUCAUUUGAGCGAAUCAACUUGGCAAAUGUGACCAGCAUCAAGUUUGGCACCUAUGUUUCUUCGACAGUAUCAGCGGCCCAGAUGGAUGAGAUGCGCAACGUUGGUUUUCUGCUAUCUUACCAGCCAGGCAAGAGCGACAUUAGGCGAACCAACACUCGAACCAUGUCAUCACAGCAAGAGUCGGCAGACGUUGCGGAGGGCACCACGCAACAACAGUCUGGGCUGGCUGGCUUCUUCUCGCCACGUCCAAAAGGGCACACGGUGAGACAGUUUGCAUUCAAGGCUACCUACACAGACUCUUCCACAGCGGUAACACGGCCCGGCCCGAAGCAGACAGAAAUCCAGCAGGUUGUGACAAUUUGCUCAGAGAUUGAAAGGCUAGUUUUACUUGGGCAGCUCCGGAAAGAUGGAGAAGAGCCAAAGAGCAUCAUAGAAAAGGGAGACAUUAUCUCUCUCGACUCCGCCAAGCGAGAUACUGGGUUGCUUGAGCAACUUGGGCAUACUAUUAAAAAAUUGGUAUGGGCAUAG